UCGAUGCACACGCACGUUUCGCGUGCACGACUACGUUCUUAGUUCUGGGCAGGUCGAUCGGAGCGAUUCUUCGUCCGGCGAGGAUAAGGACUCCGCAUCAGAUCGACUUCUAUCCCGGAAUCGUACGUUCGCGAUCGUCUGAUCCGCGAAUCGAAAGGCGCUACCAAUCGAUGAAUUUUCACCGUGACGGAUAUUCAAUCUUCAGACAUUUGUCAAAAUUUGGUUCGGUCCUGUCAAAGUGAUCUUGAUGGUAUAACAACGCGGCGAAACGUGAACGACGUGUCAGGUGACAGUGCGAUCCGAAGAAGAACAGUGUUAAUAGACUGUAACGGUAUAUUACCGAUUUCAAGUCGAUAAUCGUUAACGAAAGUCUUGCCGUGAGAGUGAUCAAUCCUGGCACGCGUGACAGGCGACCACGAUAAGCCGGCUAAACAUAGACUUUCGAAACGGACGUGAUCGAGAUAGGACCAAUCGUGUGACGGUUGCUGGACUAAUCGGACUUUGAUAGAAGUGAUCGCUCGUGGUCAUUCAUCAGACACAAUUGUGAUCUGGAAGGCUAGUGUGAAGGGUGUGCUAAUAUCUUAUAGAAAUUUGUCUUUAGAUAUCGCGUCUAUUUCAUGGUUAAACGAUUUGUUGGCGAUAGGAGGUCUCGAACUUGUUCCUACCUUCGUAGGCGAGGUACACGCCGAGCACGUAAUCGCGCAAAAGUGAGAGGAGAACGUGCCACGAGAGUCUUAUAUAAAAAUAAUUAAUAAUUGAACGAGCAAGGAAAAGGAGAAAAAGAAAAGCGGAAAUGGCCGACGGCUCCGCUCUUAUGCGCGGCAAUUAUGUUAAGUGGCCAAUUAGCAAUUAACCAGGGAGCCGAGCCGAGCGGCCCCUUAAUUGCGCCUGGGAAGAAGGUGGUGGAGCGGAGGUGGAGCGACCGAGUUGAGCGGGAGGAAGUGCAAGGUGCACACGCAUCGCGACGCAAAUAUCUGUCUCACGCGCUAUUUACUCCAGAUUUUGCUGAAAGAUUUUCGCCUCGGUCGAUUUUCCAAAUCGCUCUCGGGCUUUUGGCGCUUUGAAGAUCCCGACGCGAUAGCGCGAGGCACAAAUCUCUAAAUAUUUAAGGUCAAGCUUCAUCGAGGUAUUCAUGUUCUCAAGUCUAAUGUUCGUCGCGAAAGUGAUUUCUUGACCCUCUCGUCGGAAAAUCCAUCCUUCGAUCACAGAUUUAACAUUGAGCGUCAAAUGAUGCCGGAUAACGCGCCAACCGUACGCGCAAGAGGGGAAAAGGAGUGAUCCAGAAAUUGGGUCUAUCGAGGAUACAGUGAAGUGUGAAGUUGAAAUAAAGUGAGAGGGCACGAUCUCUUCCUGGGUUAGGCUACGUCGUCAUUGUCGGCAAGAUUCUGUCUCCCAGGUACCGGGCGAGUCCUGGGGUGGCGACAGAGGCACCUGCAGGUGCCCGUAGCCCGAAGGAACCACCUGCGUCUACCGUGAUGACGGUCCAUCAUCAACAGAACCACCACGUGGCCGCUCUCAGUGGCGUCGCCGUGGCCAAUAACGGUCUGAAUCUGAGCAGGAUGUCGGGCCUGGAGGCGCAUCGGUUGGAGAACAUCGUCGAUCGGAACGGCGUAGCAGUGGAACGUCUCUCCAACGGGCUGGACUCGCGGAACAACAAUUUGAACAAUAACAACGGCCUGGAAAGAGGCGAUGCCUCGACGACGAUGCCGCAGAGGUCGAGGUUCAUGAUCACCGAUAUCCUGGGCGGUGCGUCCAGCAAGAUGCACCAAUCCGGGCUGCCUAGCCAGGAGCCACCCGGAAGUCCACCCUCGACGCCGCGAGACCUCAGUGUCAGGCAUCAGUCUAGAACGUCCUUGAGCAACAGUAAUCUAGACGAGGACAGCGACGCCAGCCACCACGACGGCGCUUCCGUUACGUCCAAUGGUGGCAAAGAGGAUGAUCCUAAAAGCUCGUCCUCGAGUUCCUUGAGCUCCGCGCAGAGUAAGAAGCAGCGUAAGGCGCGCACAGCUUUUACGGAUCACCAACUUCAGACUCUGGAGAAGAGCUUCGAACGGCAAAAGUACCUCAGCGUGCAGGACAGGAUGGAGCUGGCGGCGAAACUGCAGCUGACAGACACGCAAGUGAAAACGUGGUACCAAAACAGAAGAACGAAAUGGAAGCGACAAACGAUCGUGGGUUUCGAGAUCAUGGCCGAAAACAAUUUCGCCGUUGCCGCCUUCCAACAUCUGUACAGCGGCAGCACCGCGACGAUCCCCGCGCAUCCUGCCGCAGGACGUUACUGGCAGUAUCCCAGCGCGCACGCGUUACCCGCGAACGGAUUCUUCUAUCAGCCAUCAUCGGCGGCGGCGGCGACUCUACAGAAACCGCUUCCCUAUCGCCUGUAUCCGCCCAUGAUCCUGGCGGGGCCGAGCAAUCCCCUCGGCUCCUUGACUGCGAGCUCCAGCCUGUCGACCCUCAGCAACUACUAUAGGGACAGCCCGGAGAUGGCCGACGGUCGGGAGUCCUCGAGGAAAAGGGACAGGAGCAAGAGCCCAGAGUCGAGGGACAGGUCGCCAACCAGAAAACCGGCGAGACUGUAUCCGCUGCAGAUGAUGCAGGCGGGUCCUAGUAAUCCUCUCGGCACCUUGACGACCUCCAAUCUUUCCAACAUGAACAACUACUACAGAGGCAGCCCGGAAUUGAUGGAGGGAAGGGAGAAUAUGGAAAGGUCGAGGAAGCAAGAGAGGAGCAGCAAGAGCCCGGACUCCAGGGACAGGUCGCCCCUGAGGAAGGACGUUAGGUCUUAUCCCUCGAUGAUCCAGGCGGGUCCCAGCAACCCUCUCGGACCCCUCGCGACCGGCUCGAACUUACCGAACCUGAACAAUUAUUACAGAGACAGUCCGGAAAUAGUGGACGGACGGGAAAGUAUGAAUCGAACGCGACAGCGUGACAGAAGUCAGAGCCAGGAUAGAUCACCCGUGCAGAGGGAGGACAGUCCUCGAAGUGUGAGGGCUGACAGUGACGAAGAAAGCAUACAUGACAUCUAGGACAUGGAGAUUCCUGGUACCGACGGUGGCACAUCGGCAGUUUUGUACGAGAGGGAAGACAAGGGAGUAUAUUAUCCUGCAGGAUAAUUAGGAAACGAAAUGCCAUGUGAAAUGGAGUGAUUUCCUUACGAUGAUCACUUCGGCAUAAAUGAAUGAACGGCGAACGAAGAAUUGACAUCAGAAAUUAGUGAGACGGUCAAAGGGAACGUGAUCCUUCUGAAAAUGCUCUGGUAUGAAUCGGGCAGCUAAACGUACGGGCAAGCUUGAAAGUACUGAUUGAUGCGAUAACUCAUUACGAGAAGCUGACAGGGAUAAUUAAAAUCGAAUUCACUUAGCUAGCAUUAAUCAGUCAAUUCCAAACGAGAUAACGAAGUCGCUCAAAUUUCAGCAGCUAUUGCAUUAACAGUUCAUAAAUAAACAAAUCGAUUCCCGUAUGGAGAAUUUGUUGGGAGAUCGAUCGAUAAUAUUUAUAUAAUCCUGGAAGGAACAAACUAUAUAUAUCCUUGAACAACUUACAUCGAUCCACGCAGCUACCACGAAAUACAAACGAAGAAACGAAUGCAGCCGGUAACGAGACUGUUUAAAAAGCUAUAUAUCGAGGUGCACGUAAGCAUCGAGGAGAGACUACAUAGAGAUUAUUUCGCGUUUUUGCAGUCAUUUUAAAACCUGUAGAAAUCAGAGUGAAGAGAUCCGGGAUUCGCGAGGUCUAAAGCGAAAUCGGCGAAAUGAGAUGCGAACGAAACGGCACGGCGCGGGCGCGCGGCCGAUUUCGUGAGGUAGAACAGGAAGUGACAUAGCACGGGACGUCCGGGAUUUUGUAGAUAAUGAGAGCGAACAGGAAAUAUCGUGCGGUUAACCGAACUUCGUGAUUUGAGCGUUCAGUGAAUGGCGGGUUACGGUGAAACAAUAUAUUCAACGUUGAUACGAUCGGCGAGUAGAGAGCGGACGAAAGUAAAAAUCCUAUAUGCCUCACCGAAACAUUAUCCCCCGGACAAAUACGGAGGACUCAUUAUUACUCAUUCAUUGUCCAUUUAUUAUUUCAUUUUCCACUCUUUCCCGCAUGGAUCCGUGCGAUUGGUCCGUCGUUUGAAAGGUAUUUGUGUUUUCCAAUAUUUUUAUAAUUUACAAAACAAUCAUUUACUUUCACGAGUUUUAUUUUGAUCAUAAUUAUCGGUAAUUACACUGCGAUAAUUAUUUCAUUCGGACAUAUUGAUUAAUUUUAUUGCGAAGUCUCUUUAAUAUUUACGAUUAAAUUAUAUUUUCACCGCGAUAUAACUACGUGCACGUUUUUUAAACAUCGAUCGAUGGUUUCCUUGUAAAAUAUGACGUAAGAGGCGAAUAUUAUCACGCCAUCAAUAAAUAACUAUUUCGCUGUGUGCCAAAAAUUUCUAUUCAAUUCUUUUAAUCUUACAAUUUUAAAUAAAAUUCUAUAAAUUUUCGCCUCUGACGCCGAGACUGAAAGGACUUAUUCAUCUGCAAAGAAACCAAUCAAUAUUCACGACCACAGUAAAAUUUGACUUCUAAAAUUUAUCACACGCAUUCAUGUCAUCACAGUACAGACCAACGCGACCCGUUCAUAGCAACGAUACAAAAAACCAUACCGAUUAGAGAACCCGGCUCGAUUGGACGGUUUCGUGUGUCGAGAACGGUUACAAGUUACAAUCGCGCCAGGAAAUGGGCCAAUCGCGGACGAACGCGAAUGUACAAUUAAUAUGACAUUAGAGGGAACUUGGCCGCGGGGGAAGAAAUCUAAAAUGACACGAAAUUACACGCGGUCGCCACGAAACGACAAAAAAGGACCGUGCAGGAGGGGGCGCGGCAUCGAACGCGAAGAAAAGGGGGUCUCAACUAUUCAAAUAACUGGUGUUGUCGUGUCUGCGAAGCGAAACCGGCAUUUUGCCCACCGCUAUUCCUCGGAUAGGACGAAUUGGUCAGCUUAAUUAAUAUCGACGAGAUCUAAGAGACGGUGACGGUCCCGAAAAUUGCACCGACACCGGCGACCGGUAAUUUGCGAACGACAACGGGGGCGGACAUAUUUUCUUCUUUCCCAGGAAAAAAAUCGACAAUUUGAGCGCUAAUUGUAACGAGAAUCGGUCGUUGUAAGUUAAACUUAAGAUAAAAUUUUCACAUUUGGACUUUGCGUCGCAAUAUCUCCACUCGUAGGGCACGUAGCGGAAAA